UAAACACGAUCAAUUUUCUUUCUGCCAGUCGUUUCGCAAAAGUUUAUAUUAUUGGUUGUGCAGUAAAAAGUUGGCAUUUUCUGAUAGAAAAAUAUUGCUCCUAAAAUGGAUUCCGAUUCAGAACUGCAUUUAACAGACACCCUUCGCUGCGAUACCGAUUCAGAAGAUGAUAAUCAACUGAACAAGAGUGAAUCAGAUACCAAGAACAUACCCGAUGGAGAAUCUGUAAGCCAUGACACCGAAAUUGUACAACAAUGCAAGGAAGAUGCAGCAGAAAAAGGAAACAAAGAUUCAUCGGAUGAGCAGGAUAUGCCAAGCAAUCGCGCAAACAUUCGUAGGUCAAAAUAUUCAAAUAUAAUCGACAGUGAAUCGGACGAAGGAGAAAUGGCAACAGAAAUCAAUACAAACAAUGAAGCAACACAUCCAAAUGAGGCUCAGCUGGAUCGUUUGAAAUCUUUGCUCGAUUCCGAUUCAGAUGAGCAAGACGACGGUGAACUGAAAAAGCAACCUAAAAAACAGGUGAAACGUAAGCCCAAACCAACGUCCAAUAAAAUGGGAGCACUUUCGGAAUCAGAUAACGAGGAUUCUGAUGAAACGAAACCUGUAUUAAACGAGAAAGUCAAACGUAAGCCCAAAAAAGGUACCAAAACUGAAGAAUCACCCAGCAAAGUUAGGACAGCUAAGGAUAUACUUGCCAGCCUUAAUUUGUUUUUCGAUGACGACGAUGAGGAAGUGGCUCCUCGAACAAAUUCUGGAAAAUUUGCAUCAGCUUCUUCCGAAGAUGAAUCCAACGAAGGUUUAGUAAGAAGCACGAGACCGACUCGUAAGAUGACGACUAAAGAAGCGAUGGAAGAUAGGCAAAUUAUACAAAGUGAAUCACAGAGGAUGGCUCGAGAAAAGUACAUCGAUGUUCCGUAUCAUCGUACGAAGGUGUUUUCAUUCGAAGAAUUUCGUGCUAGGAAAACAAUCUGUAAGCCUAACCCAAUGCGCGAUUGUACGGGAAGCCCUAUGUCAUCGAACAUGUCGAUAAGGAUGACUACGGAACAGUUGGAAGAGUUUGCUAGAAAGCUUGAGGAGCGGGAGCUAGAAUCACAAGCGUUUUUCAAAUCUGAGAGUGAAUCAUCAGAAGCUGAACCUGAAACUGAUGCGGCAACAGAAGAGAAACGCGAUGAUCAGCAGGAAAUUGUUACAGCGGAAUCACUUGAUACGAAAGUUCGGGGAGAAAUUGAGCAAUCUUAUGGGGAUGCAUGUACCGUUGAACCAGUGGACGAUCAAAGCUCGUCUGGCAUUAUUCCGCCAGGAACUGAUACAGCCAAGACACUCAGCGAUGAACAAAUGGAUGCUAUUGAUGGUGCAGCAAAGGCAUUCAGCAAAGACCAAACAGAUCCUACUGACACAUCCAAGACACUGAGCGAAGAACUCAUGGAUCCUGUUGAUGAUACAGUAAAGGCUUUGAACGAAGGACAAAUGGAUCCCAUAGAUGAUAUAGUAAAUCGUACGUCUGACAAUAUGGAGCAGAUGAUAGCUUCUUUUCAAGAAGCAGAAAAGCAAAUCCCUGCUCUACAAACUGAACGUAUUGUGAUUAAUUACGACGCUUUUUUACCAGAUUUGCGGAGUACUACAAUUUCCGCUAAAAAAGCGGCCCUUUUGGCUAAUGUUAACCUCCCACCAUGUCCGAAACUUAGUGGCAAUUCCGACAUGGUGAUUGAUUUAGACAACGGUACAAUUCAACCUAAAGCACCUUCCGGAGUUGAUAUUCUUUUUCAGCGGCUAGCAAAGUGUAGUGGAACCGUACGAAAUGCGUCACCAUCGUCAACUAAUACCAUCAGUAUCUUAAGUACUGAAAAUGGUUGCGUUAAGUUAGACACUGUUUCACUGUUCGCUAAGGAGGAUCGUCCGUUGGUACAUAAGGAACCCGUACCGGGAGCUGCAUUUAUGAAACUGAAACAAGUGUUGAAAGAAAAGAUAGACGACAAUCGUAGAGAGCUCAUUCGGAAGCGGGAAGCUGAGUUUGCCAAAAAUAAUGAUCUUGAAAAGGAUGAGCAAAGCGAUAGCAUGGAGGAGGAGGACGAGGAAUUGUUGGAAGAUGAACCAGAGGAUCAGAUGGAAACGGAUGAGGAAACAAUGUCUUAUGCUGCUGGCCAGCGUAAGCAAUUAUUGGACGAUCAAGCGCUGGAUGAGAACAUGUCGGAAUCAGAAGUAGGCGGCUCUAGUUCGGAAGAUGAAGAAGACGAGGACAACGACGAAGAGCAGGACAUCGAUAAAGGUGGUAACAAGAUGGGAAGAAUUAUUAAAGCAUUUGAAGAUUCGGAUGAUGAUGUCGAUGAAGAGCAAUCAAACCGCAUAGAAAGGCAGACACAUCCUCCCUCUACGGAUGACCACAAUGUUUCCACCGGAAGAUGCAAUGAAGACGACGAGCAAAAGGAAGAUAACCUUUCAUUGCUUUGGAAAGAUGAUGCUGAUCCGUCAAAUCAACGUGAAGAUGUCGAAGAGAACGAUUUGUUGGCUCUCUGUUCGGGACAGUUUGCUACCCAACUGCCUACACAAAAUCAUCCUUCGCUUUCACAGGAUACCAGUCCCAGCGGCGUUGAUUUGAGCCAAUCAAAUGCCGAACCGCUUUACACACAGAACCAAGAACCAUUCCGGGAAUCGCAGCUAAUGGAGCUCUGCUCUGGGCGGUUUGAAACACAAGCAGCUCAAGGCGUAACUCAGCCGACAAAAGAUAUUGCGGAGCUUCCAUCGCACAGCAACGAGCAGCAAGACUCUGUACUAGAUGAUAGUGAUAUUUGUGUUGGUGGUCGUCUACGCCUCGACUCGUCUGAUGAUGAAGCGCAGCGUCCGGAAACCGAACCCACAAGCAAAAGCAAAAAACACAAAAGAAAACAUUUAAACAUAUCCGAUGAUGAGGAUGAAGUGGCUGAUGGAAAACCAGCUGACGAUCUUGAUAACGCUGACGAUCACCAAUCCGACGAAGAUGAUGAGGCAGAGGAAGUCGAACGUUACGUGGAUUACGAUUCAGAAGAGAACGAGGUAGAAGUUAGGCUUACCAAGAAAGAGAAGGAACUGAUGAGUGCCAAAUUUGUCGAGAACGAAGCGGAGCUAUCGGAGUCGGAAUGGGGCAGCGCAGACGAGGACGAAAAGGAUCUAGAUCGGUACGACGUGGAGAUGGGCGAUGAAGAGCAAUACGAUCAGGAACAGUUACAGCAGGAGCUGGAGAAAAUACACAACCGUCGAAUGCUGGACCAGGACGAUCGUGAGCUGGAACAUUUGAAAGAGAUUUUCCUCGAGGAUGAAGAAAGAGAUGGCGUCGGACGGGUGAGACAGUUCCGAUGGAAAAAUGUGGAGAAAACCUUUAGUUUGGAUUACGAUACAGCUGCUGCACAAGAUGCUGACGGUGAGGCCAAUGGGAGUGACGAGGAGACGGAAUUAAACUGGCGAAAGAUGCGACACGAGAGAAAUUUGUUGCUGAAGGAAAACAACAUCGAUCUUAGCUCGGUUGAUUUGACGGCAACCUCGCUACUGAAUCCUGUGGACACAACAUGUGUCACCGAUGAGCAGGAAAACCUUCAGACGGGUAGUACCCCUUGUGGAAAAAAGAAAAUUACAAUUGUUAGGAAAAGCAACAACCCAUCAACCAUGGCGGUAAAGGAGGAUAAUCCUUUCUUGAUCUCCAAUUCCACCAUUCUGCAGGGCCAUAAGGCAUCGUUUCUCUCCCGUGAUCAAGAAACGCUUAAAAAACUGGCGAGUUUAAUUCCGGAAUCUGAAGGCACCACUAGUACGGUGCUAACUGCGAAGGCACGGAAUUUUGUUUUUGCUACGCUCAGCCCAGCGGUUGAUAAGUCCUCCAAACGGUCGCUUGAUCCUGAAGAUGUGGAGAUUAAUGCCAACACGAAGAAGAAGAAAACUUCGGAUAAAGAGAUUGGCUCCAAGAAAAAAAUGCUAAAUUCUUUGCUAUAGGAAGAAGUAACAACGGCCUCUAAGUGAUGGUGUGUACAGAAAGAUUAAAGUGUUAAGGUUUAAAUAAUAAAUACAUACUUACUUAUUAGGCGGUAGUAAAACUGCAGAAUACGCUAAUGUUUGAGCAGUUCAAGGCAUUUUUUCAUUCCGGUUCUUCUCAAUUCAAAGCUAAGUU